AUAUCAGACAUUUAUAUCUUUAUUUUAUUUGACUUAAUCUCUUUAUUUGGCCCAGUUUAACCCAUUUUAAACCAGUUUAAACCCAGUUAGACCAUCAGCUCUAGACCCGGAACACCAUCGGCCCCCCUGUUGUUCUGGAGACUGAUGUGAACGCGGACUCCAGCUCUUCUUCGUCUCUCCUUUUAAAAUCUCCUUUCCGGUUUCUGGUUGAAAUGCCGGUACAGAUCCCGGAUGAUUCGGAUUUCUCUUCCUUUAAGGAUCAGUGCCUGAGUCCGGAUGGAUGGGUCAGCCGCUACAAUAAGGGAGGAGUGACCGUGUGGUGCCGAGAGGAGGAGAGCAAGGGCGUGCAGAAACUCAAGAUGAGGAUCGUGUGUAAGGAUGUGACAGCAGAGACACUCUACGAUGUCCUCCAUGACACCAGCUACCGACGGAAGUGGGACACAAACAUGAUCGACACAUACGACAUCGGCCGUCUGACUGUCAACGCUGACAUCGGAUAUUAUUCCUGGAGGUGUCCGACCCCACUGAAGAACAGAGACUUUGUCACCAUGAGGUCCUGGCUUCCUCUGGGCAACGACUACCUGAUCAUCAACUACUCCGUCAAACACCCGCAACACCCUCCUAAGAAGGACUAUGUCAGAGCUGUGUCUCUGCUGACCGGAUACCUGAUCCAGUCCAAUGGGGCCAACUGCUCCACACUCUACUACCUGACCCAAGUGGACCCCCGAGGUUCGUUACCAAAGUGGGUGGUCAACAGAGUGUCUCAGUUUGUGGCUCCAAAGGCCAUGAGGAAGAUCUACAAGGCGAGUCUGAAAUAUCCCGAGUGGAAGAGGAAGCACAAUCCCAACCUGAAGCCGUGGAUGUUUCCGGAGCAGAACACACUGCCAUGCAUCAACGUGGCAGAGCUGACGGUGCAGCGAGCUGAUUCACUGGAGAACAUCGACGAGAGUGGGCUGAGCGAGGAGAAGCAGCACAGCGAUGAUGACGAGACCUAGACCGCUGAGAAACAUGCACGUUUAUCUCUUAUUUAAUGUUUGUUUGUUUGUUUGUUUGUUUGUUUGACUGCACAGAGAGCUGCUCCACUCUACUGACCUUUUUAAUCUCUUUGUUCUUCUCUUCUUUAAACUUCAGAUUAAUCAGAUUUACAGUUUAAUCCUGAUCAUUCAGAUUUCUAAAUCCACAUUUGUUCUCUCCAGGAGAUAAUUCAAAGCCAGAGUUCCAUCAUUCAGUCUCUGCUGCUUUUAUUGCAGAAGUUGCAGGCAGAAUCCCUCACACUGUUUCAGUUGUACAACUGCGUCGGCAACAUAAAGGCCCAGAAAUGUUGCCAACUGCUUUUACACAAUUUAGACAAUAUUUGUGAGUUUCUUGAAAAAUUUGAUGGACUCCUCACCUGACAGAUCUACACCUGUAAUUUUUCACUGAGAGAGAAAGAAAGCCAUCCAAACAUCACGUCUUUAUGAUGUCAUAGAGGCUGGAGGAAGGGGGUUAAGACACGCCCACUCCCUCCUUCCUACUGUCCCUAAUCAGCCACAACAUCAUUCAGUCUUUGCUGCUUUUAGAUUUGAUUUUUAGUUAUAAUGUCACAUUUUAAUAGUCUGUGCUUAAAUUUGAAGAUCUGGACCCUAACUGGUCCACAGGACUACUGAAUCCACAGAUACGGAGUUUUACAUCUGAGUAAGGGGCUCUUUAAGAUCCUCCAUGUCUGUAGUUUUUAUCUUUCUGUGUUUUAUCUCUGUACUGGGUAGACUGCAGCCUCCCUGUCUUUGUGCCUGCAGCGCCCCCCUGUGGACACAGAGCUUCUUGGCGUGAGAGAACAUCCUGAACAAACCUGUUGUUUGUCUUUAAAUAAAGAUUUCACUUAAUUAUUCCUAACAGUUUGUAUUGUGUUUGAUGAGUAUGUGGACGAUGUUUGAUACAAACAUGGAUUUGAUUCUCUUUAACGUUUAUUAAAAUGAUUUUAAAUCAAACAUGACAGCAGCAGAUCUGAAUGUCUUUGACUGAAACAAAACCUAGAAGGAAGAGUGGAACAUCUCGUCUUCUCAAACUAUCUUUGUUCUGUUCUACUGCUUUGUCAAUAAAGUUUUUAUUAUUCUCUCA